AUGGUGUUCCUUAUACUUGUCUUUUCCUAUAGAAUAUUCAAAAAUGGGUUUACUAUUAAAACUGGCCAUGUUCAUUGUACUAGAAUCCUCUGGAUGACUAUAACCGACCAUGCAUUGAUAUCUAUUAUGGUGAGAAUCAUGAGGAACCCAACCAAAUUCUUCAUAUUGAUUUCUGAACAAUUCUUCUUGAACAUUCGAAGCUAAGGCAUCCUUCAUUCUCAUUCAUAAGAAUUCCUCAUUUUUGUUUGGGAAUAGAUUCCUAAUUUAUAAUCAAAAAUGAUACAUCAAUAAUAAGGAACCAUAUAAGAGUACACAAAUGGCGAAUAUAAACCCCACACAUUAAGUAAAUCCACAUGGCUAAGGCACCCUAGGUAUUGGUUAAAUUUUACAUCUGAGUUCAAGGCUUCGUAUGUGUUAAAUGAAGGAAUCUGUGAGAAGUACUUUUGGGUAGAUACCAAUCAUGUUGGCGAAGGCUGGCAAAUCAUAAAAGAUAUCAUAUACUUUGACUCAUUUAAAAAAGAUUAAUUUCACCUAUAAUUGUACAUUAUAAAAUGGGCCUAACAAGAUCCUUUAAAUAUAAUUAUAAUUUUUCCCUUAAAACAAAGAAAUAAAGAAGAUACUGACCUAAUUUUUUGGAUUUUCAACUGA